GGGCUUCUUCUGUCAGCUGUUGCGUUGUGGCGCCCGGAGGCACCGCACACUUUCUGGACAUUGUUGUGCACACUCACCGUCAGGGAAAACGGUAGACAUAUAAAACGGUCUUUCAGUCGAUAUAAGGUCAGUUCAACUCAAAGACCGUAUUCAACUUCGAGGAUACUAAGGGAAGGGAUCGUCACAAGUCGAUGUCCGUUAUUUUGGGGUGAUUCGAUGCGUAACUGUCUUGAGCGCAACACUAGAAAAACAUAGAUCAACUUUUGUUUUUAGCAAAUCAUCUGGUUUACAACUUGUUUCUCAUUGUCUACUAUAUAUUUAUAUUACUUUGGCAAUUGUCAGCUUGGGGAGAGUAAACUUGGACAGAGCCAAUAUUUAAGGUGCCGCUUUUUUCUUACUUUUCUUAUUUGGAGCAGCAGCCAGUUGAUCAUGGCAGAAGACUUCUACACUCUGGGAACGCUGGGGAGUAGGCAGAGGGUCCCCCGAGACCCUUUCAGAGAGAGUCCGUCACUGGCCUCUCGGUUUAUGGACGAUGACUUUGGGAUGUCCGCUUUCCCUGAAGACAUGUCAAUGGACUGGCCCGGUUGGGCCCGGCCUAGCCGGCUCAGCACGCGGCUUUCCGCACCAUUCACGGGCACUCUGCGCACAGGGUUUCCACCAACGCGUGCAUCAACUGGGCAGCCGCCUGUGUACAGCACGAGAUACAGCGAGUCCCCCCGCAGCUCUCCGACCCAGACGCCGGGAGAGCCGUGGAAAGUUUGUGUGAACGUCCACAGCUUCAAACCAGAGGAACUUAACAUCAAAACCAAAGAUGGGUUUGUAGAAGUAUCAGGGAAACAUGAAGAGAAGCAGGAGGAAGGAGGCAUCGUGACAAAGAACUUCACAAAGAAGAUACAGAUUCCAACCGACGUUGACCCUGUGACGGUCUUCGCCUCCUUGUCACCAGAGGGGGUGUUGAUCAUCGAGGCGCGGCAGAGCCCUCCCUACUACCUCUUCAGUAACGAAGGUCCCCAGGGAGAGAUGGAGGAGGCCAGCCAGAGCCAAGAGGCCAGGCCCCAGGAGGCCGCCAUGGUCUAGGACGAAGCCCAGGACCGAGCUCUCUUCCCUGGGGGGACACAGGCUCACCCCGGGCCCAACAUUCGGGGCAACCAUGAUGUACAGAGCCACAUUUGACCCCAAAAUGAUUUUUGUUUGAUUAUUGGCACUCAUGCAACUCCAUAAUUGAGCAUCCAGCAGAGUAGAGGAAGAGCUAACAUGUUGAAAGUCUGGGAGACCCUCAGCAUAUGUUGUAGCACCCUACAUCACUCUAUUCCCUUUGUAGACUACUUCUGACCCCUAUAUAGGGAAUAGGGUGCCAAAGAAACACCCUGAUGUUCAUUUUGAGUGUAAAGUAAUCUCUCAAUCAUCCCCCUAAAAAUAUAUAUUUUUGUGUAUCUCUUGGUAGCCAUGCUGCUUGGUUCUCGCACCAAUUUAAUUACAAGUCACAAACUAAAUCAAUCCCACUGUCUCACAGUAGCAUUGCUACACUAUACUGGUACAGCAUGCCGUCCAUUCUAUGCUGUCCCAGGUAUAUGCAGUGCUGAAGUGACCUGUUCAGAUACAGACAGAGGCUGGCUCAAGGCUGGGAGCCCCGUCUACCUGGGUCGGUCCGUAAUGUAAUGUCUCCCUUCAGUAUUUCACACCUUAUUUGACCGAUAUGCAUCAUGCAAUGUCUUUUAUGUGUAAUUGAUCUGUUGUCAAUCAUAUUAUGUUGAAUGGGUAAAUUAAAGAAGCUCAUUGAAAUUCAUAAGGAAGUCGUACAAUAUGACUGAGUGGGAAGAUAAGUUAUAGUCUCAUUAUCGUUAUAGUGUGUUAUAGUGUGUGUUGGUAUUGUAUUAUACCCCAAUGUAGGUGACUGACUGUAAAUAAAUUGCACUGUAGCUUACCUACCAUAUAUACCGAUCCGGUCUAUUCAAGUGCCGUAAUUGCCCUAACUAGAGGUCUUACAAAAUAAUGUUCUUUGCAUUUUUUUAUUUGUACAUGUGAUAAUGAUGUUGUGUUGGUUCUUGGUACAAAGGUAAUAAACUUUUUGCCAGACUUCUCCCAUCCCUCUCUCCUCACCUCCCUCCUCCUCCCCCACUCUCUCUCCCAUCCCUCCCUCCUCUCUGCCCUCCCUACUCCUACCCCCCCACUCUCUCUCUCCCAUCCCUCCCUCCUCUCCUUCUCCCUCUCGUCCCUCUUCUUGAUAUCUUUGUAUUUGUUUAUGCAAAUAAAACCUCCCAUAAAUCCCA